AGUAAAUCUAGUCAAGAGUGUCUAGAAUAAGCUUGAAUUAAAAUUUUGGAAUAUUACAAAUGAACAAUUAUGAGCCACUUGAAGCUGUUGGGUCUGGCUCGUUUGGAAUUAUUCGCAAAGUGCGACGAAAAGAAGACGGAAAGAUGUUGGCUCGAAAAGAAAUAGACUAUCGUAAAAUGUCGGAAAAGGAAAAGAAACAGCUGGUUGCCGAAGUUAAUAUUUUGCGCGAACUACGACAUCCUAAUAUUGUGCGAUACUAUGAGAGAUUUGUUGAUCGCCAGAAUUGUCUUAUAUUCAUCAUCAUGGAAUACUGCGAAGGUGGAGAUCUCGCUGCAGUUAUUAAGCGAUGCAAAAAAGAAGGACGGUUUAUUCCAGAAGAAAUUGUGUGGAAUCUGUUGGGACAACUACUUUUAGCACUGCAAGAGUGUCAUGCUUCAGACAAGCAUCCGACAAUUUUGCACAGAGACAUCAAGCCAGACAAUGUAUUUUUGGAUAAACUACUGAAUGUCAAACUUGGCGAUUUUGGAUUAUCGCGAGUCAUUGAAAAUCCUGAAGUAGAUUUUGCCAAAACCUAUGUUGGAACUCCUUUUUACAUGUCACCCGAAUUGGUAGAUGAGUCACGAUACAACGCCAAAUCCGACAUUUGGGCUCUUGGGUGCUUGAUUUACGAAUUAUGUGCACUCGAACCACCUUUUCAGGCAAACACUCAGGCCGCUUUGUCUGCAAAAAUAAAGUCGGGAAAGCUAUUGCCGCUAUCGUCCAUAUAUAGCCAAGAAUUGCAAGCAAUUAUUCGCAUUAUGCUGACCACAAAGCACGAAUUAAGACCAGAAACGACAGAGCUGUUGGCCCAUGGUCAUAUCAGACUUUCAAUCAGGGAACAAGAUUUGUCAAAUAGGUAUAUUUUGAACUUUUGCGAGUUUAUUCGAGAUUUAUAUUUGCUUAUUUGUAAUUCUGUGCUAGCAUUGCCAAUUUAA